CAGAGAGCUUCAUUUUCUGAUCUGCUUUUGUGCUAAAAUGGAGGCUGGCCUCUCGCCCUGAGUGGAUCGCCUUCCUGGUUGAGGUUUAGAUGUUGACAUGCAAUAAAUCUGGAGACAGGAUGGUUGUGGAUGCACCUAACUCCAAUGGGCCCUUUCAGCCGGUGGCUCUUAUGCACUUCAGAGAUGUGGCCCCCGCAGAGCAGGAGAAGCUCUUCAUCCAGAAGCUACGGCAGUGCUGUGUUCUUUUCGACUUCCUGUCCGACCCGCUGAGCGACCUGAAAUGGAAGGAAGUGAAGCGGGCGGCGCUGAGCGAAAUGGUGGAGUACAUCACCCACAACCGGAAUGUCAUCACAGAGCCCAUCUACCCGGAGGUGGUGCACAUGUUUGCGGUGAAUAUGUUCAGAACAUUGCCUCCAUCGUCCAACCCCACUGGAGCAGAGUUUGAUCCAGAAGAGGACGAGCCAACACUUGAAGCUGCAUGGCCACACCUCCAGCUCGUCUAUGAAUUUUUCCUUAGGUUUUUAGAAUCGCCUGACUUUCAGCCUAACAUAGCAAAGAAAUACAUCGACCAGAAAUUUGUUAUGCAGCUCCUAGAAUUAUUUGACAGUGAGGAUCCCAGAGAGAGAGACUUCCUCAAAACUACCCUCCACAGGAUUUAUGGAAAGUUCCUGGGGCUGAGAGCGUACAUCAGAAAACAGAUCAAUAACAUUUUCUAUAGGUUUAUCUAUGAGACAGAGCACCAUAAUGGUAUAGCUGAACUACUGGAAAUACUUGGAAGCAUAAUCAAUGGAUUUGCCUUACCACUAAAAGAAGAGCACAAGAUUUUCCUGUUGAAGGUUUUAUUGCCUCUGCACAAAGUCAAAUCACUCAGUGUCUACCAUCCACAGCUGGCCUACUGCGUGGUGCAGUUUUUGGAAAAGGACAGCACUCUAACUGAGCCGGUGGUAAUGGCUCUACUAAAGUACUGGCCAAAGACUCACAGUCCCAAGGAAGUGAUGUUCCUCAACGAGCUGGAGGAGAUCCUGGACGUCAUCGAGCCGUCCGAGUUCGUCAAAGUGCAGGAGCCUCUCUUCAGACAGCUGGCCAAGUGUGUGUCCAGCCCGCACUUCCAGGUGGCGGAGAGAGCUCUGUACUACUGGAACAACGAGUACAUCAUGAGUCUGAUCAGCGACAACGCAGCAAAGAUUCUGCCGAUAAUGUUCCCUGCUCUGUACCGCAACUCUAAGACCCACUGGAACAAGACCAUCCAUGGCCUCAUCUACAACGCUCUGAAGCUUUUCAUGGAGAUGAAUCAGAAGCUCUUUGAUGAUUGCACGCAGCAGUUCAGGGCUGAGAAAAACAAAGAGAAGGCAAAGUCAAAAGAACGUGAAGAGGCUUGGAUCAAGAUCGAGAACCUCGCCAAGUCGAAUCCACAGUUCUUUAUGUAUGUUGAUUCCUCUGACCUCAAUAGUCCUGUAGCAAUGGAGACGGAUGUCCCUUUGAUAGAAGAUGUUCAGAGGUUAAAAAAGACAGUUGAGGAGGGCGCGACUCAGUUGCAGCAUGACCAGCGGAAAGAGCGGCCUAUGGUGCGACGCAAAUCUGAGUUGCCUCAGGAUAUCUACACCACAAAAGCCUUGGAGUCCCACCGCAGAGCUGAAGACAUGUUGACAACCCACGAUGGACUCUAGGUCCCGCCAUCUGCCGGCUCUUUGUUCAACUGCCCCUUUUACCCUCGACAGCCAUGGACAUCCUCUUCGCCCAGGCGCCAGAGUUACACUGGUGACCCACAUCGGGCCCUCCAUCCCUCCUCCUACCAUCACUUUACCCAGAAUCCUCAGUUCUUCAUUCCUGCUGCCCCAGUGCAGAAGCCCUGCAUCCUCCUCCCCCUCAGAUUUCUGCUUUCUCAGGUUUUUUUCUUUAUUUGGAGAGGAGCGUGUUUGUGUGUCUUUAUGCCCUCGCCACUUUCAAUGUGUUCUCUGAUUAUCCCCCCCACCCCCCACCCCCCGUGCGCUCACUGUAAAUGUGGAACCUGGGAGUUCGGAUACGCUGGUUCCUUCAUUCCUUCUUGCAAACACAAUGGAUCGGACGUGGAAACGUAGGAACUGACUGACUCACUGUCUAAGGAUCGUCUCUUGGUCUCUGCUUGGUUUUCUUUUCUGUCAAAGGGAACAAAAACAGAAACCUGUUGGUCAGAUGAAAGACAAGACUUUCCUGUCAUCCAUUGAGUUUCCUUUCGUUUUCGGUUGCUCAAUCUUACGGAGACAUCUUGUCAGUGCCAAGACUGUUGUGUUCUUUAUGUUUGUUUCAUGUUUUUAUCUGUGACUUAAACAGGGACACCUGCCUUUGUUUCUGGUCACUGGUGUUUGAAAGAUUUCGUUUGUUUGUUUGUUUGUUUGUUUGUUUGUUUAGCACACCAGACCAAACUGAGGCUCGUCCUUAGCCUUGAAAUGUCCAGGAAAGGUGGCGAGGAAAGCGGAAGUUGUCCCGUGGACAUCUGGCGCUUUCCGGUUUAUUGUUUUGUGCCAUAUGCCGCUCUUUUAUAUGCUUGCUUCCUUAUGUUCAUGGGCAAUAUUUGAAAAUCAGACCAUAGUGAUGACUAGACAGUUUAAACAAUGGUACUUACUGAUAUUGGGUUAUUAGAUGAGGAUGAACCUGAGUGAAAGCUGUUUGUGUUUGCCACCUAAGUUGCAGUAGCAGUGUUCAGGGCUUGGCUGUAGCAAGGAGAGCCCUCUGUUGCAUAUAAUUGCUUGUCAGAAGAGAGCAUGGCUGUAGGGUGUUCAAGGUGAGUGGUGGGUUUUUAUAUAUAUAUAUAUAUAUAUAUAUAUAUAUAUACUGUAAAUGAAUAGGGAUCUUUGUAAAGAAAAUAUAAUUAUUAAAGAUGAGUUUUUGUUCAAUGGGGGAGGCACACGUCUGUACUGUCUCGACACCCACAAACUCCACUUGCCAAUGGUUUUUAGCUGCCGUUACAAAGUUAGGACCUUUUUUUGUUGGUACUUCAUGCUAUAAAGAUUUUAAUGUCCUCUAAUAAAACAUAUAAAUUAAUUUAUCAAAAUUCAGUCGCUAUUAAAGGUUUUAUUUAUAACAUUUUUUUGUAGACGGAUAAUUUAAUAAAAAUACUACAUCCAUAGAACUCUCAAGGAGGUGCGGAAUAAAGGUUAUGCUUUUCGUAAAAAAAAAAAAAGAAAAAUGAUUGAGUUAAUUAUUUGAAUAAUUUUGUCCAAAAUUAAUGUCUGGUGUAUCUCCGUGUGAGAUGUCUGACAUGUGGUUGCUGCUCCUAAUGAGGCAGGUGAGCCAAUAGUAUAACCGUGUCGGUAUCUUGGUGUCAUCGGAGAUCAAGUUGCCAUAUGUGGGCAAUGGGGCCAAUUACAUUACAUGAAUCUUGACACAGUAAAUUAAAUCUGUAGCUGAUGUGUAGCUACAUGUUACGAACUAAAUUCAUUACUCUACCAUUGUAGAGCGCUUGACUGAGUCUAUUUGUCCACUCGACCAUGAAAUCCGCAGGUUGUGCGCCAAACUGGCAACCAGGUAUGCUUUGACCGAAGGUCAUGUAAGGAAGAGUGCGACAUCUAGUGGCUAAUGUUAUCAAUAGCACCUUUAACACUUGACAAGAGCUACCAAAAAAUGAGGUGUGGCAUGUUUGUGUUGCUACCAUUCCUCUUUCAGUUGUCUGGUUGCGGGUUAUAUACUGUAUCCUUCUCUUUGAAGAAGCCGUUCAAGGUUAGAAAAUCUCCGGUCAGUACCAUUGUUUAAACUGAGGGGGGUCUGCUAGAUUUCUUCAUAUUUGACGUGUUGUAUUUCUUUGUCUUGUCUCUGGAGGUUAAGUAGCGUGGAUGUCAGGUUUUGGAUUUUUUUUUGUUCUGGCCAUUCAGGAUGCCCAAACGCUGAAACAGACUGGUAUCAAAUGGCCACAAAAAUGCCAGAUGCUGAAAAAAAAAAAACUGACAUUGUGACUUGGCUUGUUAACUGUAUUAUUAAUACUGUAUUUGCUUGAAUGCAAAAAGAUGUAAAUUAAAAACUACCAUGUUAAACAUGUACCUUUUACCCUGGAGGAAUGCCAUUCACCAAACUGAUUUCUGUUGUCGAGGUCAUUGCAUUUACGAAACAGUCCUGCUUGCUGGGAGAGAUGUUUUAUGGAUUUUAUGAGUUUGAGUCAAGAGAUGUUUGAGGUUUUAUUUUAGUGCUGAAAAACAAGUCGUCCGUGAUAACAAGAGAUGAUUUAAAAAUGAUUUGGUGGCUUGUUCUCUUUCUGCAGGAUCUUUGCAGAUCUUUUAAUUUUAACAUAUUAUUUCCAAAACAUGAUAACUUAAAGUGUCCUUUUGUAUGUGACCUGUACUAUAUGAUUCAUUUAAUAUUGUAUAUAUGAUUUACCUUGUUUCAUGUAGUGUUAUAUAUCUAGAUUAAUUUUGUACAAAUUGUCCCUCUGUACAGAAUAAAACAUCAAUAGCAAGUGAAAGAAGUCAAUCCGGCACAUACCGUCUUAUUUCUCCUGUUUCUGGAUGUACUUUCAGCGACACACAGAUUUAGAAAAUGUUAUUUUUAUGAUUGAAAUCUGCAAAGGUUCCUCCCUCCUCUAUAUAACUGACAAAUGUUCAUGCCCGUUGUGUGCUCCUAUCACUGUCUUUAGUGGUGUACAACUAUAUAGGAUGAAUAAAGAGACUAUUUGAAUAUA